GUCUAUAAAUAGGUUUCACCACUGGAUUACGCAGAAAAUCGAUAAGAAUUGAUAUAUGAAGAGGAAGAACAGGUCGACCAUAAGCGAAGCUGGGAAACCACGGGGAUCAGUUGCUGGAUGGCCUGUUGAAUUGCAUCCAUGAAGUCACGGCGGCGAUUGCCUUCUCCAGGAUGAGCUGCUGCGCCUACAGAGUCGACACCACGUCGCGUCUCGCACAAUGGCGUAUUGAAAACCUAGCCUCCUUUGCGUACCGGAAGUCCGAUCCUUUCAGGAUCGGCAAAUGGAAUUGGCAUUUGUCCGUGGAGAAGAGUCGAUCGCUGAUCAUCAAAUUGUACCCUGAGAUCUCCAAAUCCACUCGAGAUAAUCCCCCAAUUGCAUCGUUCGUAAUCAAAGUGGUCUCCUCCACAGAGGACCGGAAGUGUUUGAUUCAUCCAGUCGUCGAUAAGCUUCUCAAAUGCAACGAGGACUUCGCCUGGCCAAUUGAGAUUCCAUUAACCAAAAACUUCAUCAUUGAUGUUGAGUUUCUCGACUUAAAAACUUCCUCUCUCCAGGGAAACGAGGUGUGCUCGAUUUGGGGGGAAGGAUCGAGCGAAAGACAGUCGAACCAAACAGCCCUAACAUUGCUCGGCCGAAUGCUGUCCGAAGGUAUUCAUACAGACAUACUGAUCAAUGCAUCCGAUGGAAGCAUUGCAGCACACCGCGCAGUUCUAGCUUCGAGGUCACCUGUUUUCCGGGGCAUGUUCUCGCACAACCUCAUGGAGAAUGAACUCUCCGCCGUUGACAUACCCGACAUGUCAAUUGAGGCCUGCCAGGCCUUCCUAAGUUACAUCUACGGCAACAUAAGGAACGACACUUUCUUGAUGCACAGGCUGGCCCUGGUUAGGGCAGCUGACAAAUACGACGUUUCAGAUUUAAAGGAGGCCUGCCAGGAAAGCCUGAUCGAGGAUAUUGACAAUGGGAACGCACUAGAAAGACUACAAUAUGCUGCACUAUACCAUCUGCCAAGACUCAAGAUUAGCUGCACAACAUACCUGGUGAAGUUUGCAAAGAUAUUCGAUGUUCGUGAUGAGUUCAAUACUUUCCUGCAAUGCGGGGACAGAGAACUUGUAGCUGAAGUAUUCAACGAAGUUCUUGAUGCCUGGAGGGGAUUCUGAAAUCCUGCAUGACGACGAGUAGAGUAAUAACCAUGACCAUAGUAAGUUUACCUGUGCAGGUAAUGGUCUAAUGUAACUGGUCACAAGAAAAUAAGAUAUCUGUUCGACAAUGAUCACAUGCUUUGACACAGACACAAAAACACAGCCUAUGGAUUUGGCAAUAAUUAAGAUGAUAAGGAGUUAGUUCC